UUCGUUUUCUGCCGGGCGGUGGUGGGGUGGAUCGAAUUUAGUGGGAUAAAGACGGGUCGUGCCUUGCUCCCGAGCCUUGCUUCCUCUGCCUUGUCCUAGCUUGACCGAUUAACACUUACGAGUAAAUAAAGCUCCUUCAUACAUGCAAAUCACCUACUCCUAUUAUUCGAAGCCUUGUUUCAGUAACAGACUACGGCGAGUCUAUACAGCAUCUUCAUACUUCGACAAUCUACAAUUCGUACGGCGAUACAAUACGAGUAAGACAUGCCUAUGCGCCCUCGACAUUAGAACCCUCCAAGCUAUUCGACCUUGACCUACAUAUAAUAAACACUAUGGAUGUCGUUCAAGCUGUAUCGGGAUAUAUCUCGAAGAUGGUGGCUGCAGGAGAUGGAACUUCUGGGACACCAUCUGCGAAGAUGAAGGUCUUAUUACUGGAUAGUGAUACCGUGUCCAUUGUCUCUACUGCGAUUACACAAUCUGCGCUUUUGAACCAUGAAGUAUACCUCAUAGAUCGAUUGGACAACCAGAAUAGGGAGAAAAUGCGUCAUCUGAAAUGUUUGUGUUUCGUUCGACCGUCGGCAGAGUCUAUACAAUUCCUAAUUGACGAAUUUCGAGAUCCCAAAUAUGGUGAAUACAAUGUGUACUUCAGUAAUGUUGUGAAGAAGUCAUCCCUGGAGCGAUUGGCAGAAGCAGAUGAUCAUGAAGUGGUCAAGCUAGUUCAGGAGCACUUUGCAGAUUAUAUCGUAGUAAAUCCAGAUCUAUUUACAUUUGAUCUUGGAUUUCCGAAGCAACGAAUAUGGAGUUCAAAUCCAGACAUGUGGAAUCCAGAUGCAUUACAACGUACAACCGAGGGGCUCAUCGCGGCGUUGCUAUCGUUAAAGAAGAAGCCACUUAUUCGAUACCAAAAGAACAGUUUGCUAGCAAAGAAGUUGGCUACGGAAGUACGAUAUCACAUCGUUCAGGAAGAUCAGUUAUUUGACUUUAGGAAAGUGGAUACUCCUCCAAUAUUGUUAGUUUUAGAUCGAAGGGAUGACCCUAUAACACCACUUCUGACACAAUGGACAUAUCAAGCUAUGGUCCACGAACUUCUUGGUAUAAAGAAUGGGCGGGUUGACCUUAGCGAGGUACCAGAUAUUCGUCCCGAGUUGAAAGAAGUGGUUUUGUCGCAAGACCAGGAUCCGUUCUUCAAGAAGAAUAUGUAUCUCAACUUUGGUGAUCUCGGUGGCAAUAUAAAAGAUUACGUCGAGCAAUAUCAAUCAAGGACCAAGAAUAGCUCGAAUAUUGAAUCAAUAGCUGAUAUGAAGCGCUUCAUCGAAGAAUACCCCGAGUUUCGCAAACUGUCUGGCAACGUCAGUAAGCAUGUCACCCUUGUUGGUGAACUGAGUAGAAUGGUUGGUUCAGAUAAUUUAUUGGAAGUCAGUGAAGUCGAGCAGAGCUUGGCAUGUAACGACGCUCAUGCCAGUGAUCUAAAAAAUGUACAGAGAUUAAUUCAGUCUCCCAGUGUUACUCCCGACAACAAGCUGAGAUUGGUUGCCCUUUACUCGCUUAGAUACGAAAAACACCCAUCGAAUGCAUUACCGAUUCUUGUCGAUCUCCUUGGCGCAGCCGGAAACGUCCCUCAAAGACGUAUAGAUCUUGUAGCUAAGCUCCUCAUCUACCAUUCUUCUUUGCAACUGAACCAGUCGACGGGGGGUAUUACCGAUAUGUUCGAAUCCUCAAACAUAUUCUCUGGGGCUCGUGACCGAUUUAAGGGGCUAAAGGGUGUAGAAAAUGUCUACACGCAGCAUUCACCACGACUCGAGCUAACACUUCAAGAUCUAAUCAAAGGAAAGUUGCGUGAUCAGCAAUAUCCUUUCGUUGAAGGUGGGGGGACAACUCGAGACAAGCCUCAGGAUAUCGUUAUUUUCAUUAUUGGUGGAGCCACUUUCGAAGAGGCAAAAUGUAUAUCUCAAAUAAACGCUUCUUCGCCAGGUGUUAGAGUGGUCUUGGGAGGUACCUCAAUUCACAACAGCACGACGUUUUUGGAGGAAAUGGAAGAUGCUGUAUCUUUAUGGCCUGAACCUGCUCCAUCAACUGCUGCUGGGAGAUUACGAAAAGAGACAGGAAGACGUUGAACAAUGAGGAAGUUUAAAAUUCCUAGUGACGAGAUGGAUAUCACUUCUACUAGGGAGUUCCGCGCGAUUGAUGGCCGCAUUUCGAUGCAAGAAAUCAUCUUCCAGCCCUUGAAUAUACUUUCUGACUGGAAGUAUCGUCGUAAAGAUAACUUCGUUGUCAUUGGAGAAAUUUUUCCGAAGGACAGGAUCUUCAUACAUAUGAGGUCUUUUCAAGACAUUGAUUAGUGCUAUUGGCACUAUUUUAUGAGCUAUAUGAUCGCAUGUCCAAACGCAUAUUUUCCAGCUGCUGUCACGAUUCGCUUUAACAUGUAGCCCCGGCAAACCAUGAAAGUCACCUUGGGAUUAACGUGGGACUAGAUAGGAGCAUAUCUAGUUAUUUUCAAUUGGGAGUAGCAAUGUGGAAUUGUUCCAGCGCUUUGUGAAUCUGAUAGCAUGGAACCUUAUACAUAUACAUCGAUCUACAGGUAGUGAACCACGGGGCCGGAAAUUCGAGAGAAAUGGGCCUGGUGGUCGUUGGAGGCGACAAGAAGAUGACUGAUUCCUUGCCUACUCGGACUGACAUUACUCAGAAAUAUCUUGCCCGAAUGCUUGGCUGGAUGUUGAUCAAACGGCUCAGAUAUACGGAUAGUAGCGAAGUGAAGCCUAGUACAAGCCGAGCUAGUCUUGAUAUAAAUUUUUAUGUCAGUAUGCAAAUAGGAUACCUCUAGACUUUGGUCAUUACAGAGUGCAUUGCCACCUCGUUGGCAGAAGAUCAAUGUUAGCACAAAUAAAUGAUUGUUAUUACAUUCUACUAAACUUUACAUGUAAUACAGAAACGCUUUGUCCACAAUAAGAGUUUACUAUUUCAGGGUUCUCACGCAACGUUAGACGUUGGUUUACAUUAGAAUUUUGUGUUACAGCUGUGAACUUGGUAGCAUAAACCGCCAAUGCCUUCUUAAAUACCAAAUCAAGAGACUUGCCCCUCACACAUGUGUUAGAUGAGUUCUAAGCCGUGCGUACACAUAGCCCCGCUGAUCGGUGAGAUUGUUAUAAAAACAAAUUUCUAAUGAUGUAUCACAACAUGCUACCCUCGACGAAUAGAACAAACUCGGUCGUUAAAUGAUACCUUCCCAGUAAUUCGUCUAUGAAUAGACUCGUGUUGAGAACAAAAUCCAAAUCAUAACACAAUUUAUCCGUCUGUUA